AUGAACGCUCGUCUUGUCCUGGUCGCUGCUCUGCUGUCCAGUUGUUCAGUCUCAGGGGAAACCUCUGAUGACAGGGUGCAGAAGAUUCAGGCCUCUGCUGGCGAGGCGGUUGUUCUGCCGUGUCAAAUCAAUGCCACCCAGGGAGACGUCCCAACGGUGGAGUGGUCCAAGGAGGGUCUGGUCCCAAAAAACAUCACCUUUCUGUACCGGAACCACUUUGAGACCUUCGAGAUGAAGAAUCUGGACUUCAAGUUCAGGACCAGUCUCUUCCUGAACGAAGUGAAAGACGGAAACAUCUCCUUGAGGAUUUCAAACGUGCGGCCCUCGGAUGCAGGAAAGCACGAAUGCAAGACUCUGCAGUGUGAGGUGAACAGCUCGCUGCCGCAGCUUCACAUGACGUUUCUUCUUGACCAUCAAGAAAAGGUCAUCGAUGCUGAAGACCCAAAGCGACGUCCAGAUUCCAGCGGAUGUUUCACCUUCACAGGGAGAGUGACAGUGCCGACUGAGAGCGACAGGGUCACCUGCAGAGUUCACCAGCCUCACACAAGCUACUCCAGAGAUGCACAGAUUUACUUUACAGAAGCUAAAGACACGAAGUCCUCCACAGUUUGGUCCUUCGUUGCUGUUGCUGUUGUUGCUGUUGCUGUUGCGGGGUUUGGAUUCGUCUUCCUCCUCUGUUUUUUUAGGAAUAAAAUAUAUUCCUACUGUGCGGGAAGAAAAAUACCUCCAGAGAGCAAUCAGCCAUCAGUACAAAGCACAAGUUACAAGGACGCAAAGUCUGACCUGCGGGUAAGCCAGACUGACAGCAGUCCAACCGUCACCAGUGAGCUUCUAAGAAAAAAGAGGGACUGGAGUCGCAGCUUCAAGAGAAAGAAGGGAUCAUUAUUAGCAGACUAA